AUGGGCCGCUGGUCCCAUCUCGACACGGACGAAGAGCGCCUGCCCGACGGCAUGACGCGGGUGGGCUACGACGGCGACACACAAGUCUACACCUACCAAGACAGUGACGGCAGCUACUGGGAGGGCGCGCCGGGCGUUAAGUACGGCCGGCUCUACCGGGUGCAGCAGUCGGCGCCGGUCCUGCCCAGCGCGUACAUCACCGGCAACAUCACCGGCCACGAGCCACACUACGUGCUGCACGACUACGACCCGGACGCGGACGCGGACAAUCGCACCCUCACCGACGAGAACCGCCCGCCUGCCACCCGCUUCUCGCAGAUCUUUGGCGAGGACGACGACGACAACUCCAGCGCUGACGAAAAGAAACGCCCCGCCUUCUCCAACCGCCUCCCCUUCUUCCCCUCCAAAGCCGUCCUAUCCCCAACCCCCAACCGAAAACCCGCCCCCAAACUCCCCGCCGACCCCGACAGCAUGAGCCUCGCAUCCACACUCGUCGACCGGAGCGACAGCACCCGCAGCCGCAGCACCACGACCAGCGACCUCCACACCCCCACCCGGCACCAGCAUGCACCCGCCAGCAGCAGCAGCGGCAGCGGCAGCGGCACCAAUAUCGGCGGCAGCAGCGGCGGCGGCGGGCUCAAACGCUCGGGCACCCUCUCGAAACUGGCGCAGUUUAUCACCACAUCAACAUCGGGGAUUUCCCGGCGCGCGACGGUAGCCGGUGGGGCGGCGGCAAACCGCCGCGCGGAUGCUGCGGGACGGAGGCGUGCGGGCCCGACGAUUGGGGCGGGCGGGUGGUUCACGCCGCUGGAUGAGCCGUGGCCUGGGCCGGCGCGUAGGUCUGAAGCUGGAGCUGGGGCGGGGGCGGGGGCGGGGGCUGGGGCUGGUGGGGGUGCGAGGGGUGCGAGGGCGAGGAAGAGCGCGACGACGUUUGAUGAGAUUUUGGGGGGUGGGCAGUGA